AUGGUCGAUACAGGAUCUACUCUGGAUCGUAGCCAUUCAGCAUCCUUGUCCAAAUCUCAAACUGCAUCUUCUGGAAUGGGAAUGACUGCUCCUGAACCUACGGUCAUCAUGGUGAAUAGCAACCGAGAACUCGAGUUGGAAUGUACAAACUUGAUUGGCAUAUUCGCUGGAAAAGAAACUGAAGAGAAUUGGGAAGCGAGAGAAGUCUCGUUACAGAGACUAAGAGGAAUCUUGAGGGGUGAUGCUCCAGCCAUGUCUGCCUUUGCUGCUCAUCUGAAACUCUUGUCCGAACCCAUUUCUAGAACUUUGCACAGUUUGAGAACUGCUCUGGUUAUUACUUGUUGUACUGUUGUGGCAGAAUUGGCUGUUUUUACUUGGACCGACUUGGAUCCUCAUGUCGACAUGCUUCUCACUCAUCUGUUCCAAAUUUCUGCUUCCACAAAAAAGUUGGUCAUGUCUGCUGCAGUAAAUGCCAUCAAAUCCAUUAUAAUGAUCAAUACAUUUCAUCCCAAACAGCUGGUGCAUUUCUCUACUGGCAUAACCAAUAAAAGCCAAAGUCUUCGACAAGUCACCGCGGAUUGUUUGCGAUUAUUCAUUGAACGAAAUGUUGGCUCGCCUGCUUUGCUUCAGGCUAUUGAAAAAUCAGCAAGUGUAGAAACGAUUGAAAAGAUUGUCAAGAAAGGGCUUAAAGAUGCAAACGAUAAGGUGCGUGAGGCUGCCAGAGAUGCGUUUUAUUUUUAUUCUAUUGGAUGGCCUGAUCGUGCUGCAAAAAUGCUGGAUUUGCUCGAGUUAUCUGUACAAAAGGCCAUUCAGCGUCACAAGAAACCGCUCACUACUCAAAUGAUAGUACCACGUAUCUACACGCUUGAAUCUACAAGCGUAUCAGCGGCAGAAACAGAUCAUCUUCAAGUCGCUUACCAAUCUUCCACUAAGUCUAUUGAAAACUGUCCAAUUCCUAACCACGAAAUUGAUUCUCCACAACAAACUAUUUCAUCUGAAGCACAUUCAUACAAUCAAGACCUUCAAUCUAGCCAAUAUUCUUCAAAAUCAGUUUCUCCUAAUAAACCUUCUAACCAGUCGGGAAAAUCUGCUGGAAACACCCGCGCUAAAUCAGGACCAUCCAUAUCUCAACCCAAGGUUUCAAAAGACCUUCAAAUCCUUCAACAACUUGAAAGUGCAGAUACAGAAGAUAAACUACAAGGGUUUUAUGCAAUUCUGAAUACGGUUCAAGAGUCUUCGCUGAUGAAGCAACCCAUUCCGUUUUCAUCAGAGUCUUUGCAGAAUAUGCGUCAAUCCAUUCUUUCAUUCUACACCAUUGCUGAAGGCGAGUUUCUAUCUUCGCUUUUAGAUUUAGAAUACAUGGAUAUUCUUUUGGAAGCAGGCCUAGUGGAUUUGACCGAUAUCAUCAUGUCUGCGCUGAGGGCAUCGAUCUCUGUUCAAUCUGAAUCUGAUAAAAAAGUCGUGGAAAAGUGUUUAGAUCUUAUCAAACGCUCGUUUAAUGCAGAUGAACUGAUGGAUGUACUUUUGAGUCAAAUUGGUGCCAUACAUUCUAGCACUGAAAAACUUGAUAGCCAGUCAGAUGGUUCAAACAUUUGUAAAUCCUUCAAAGUUGGGACUCUUGCUGCACCGCUUGCUCAGUUUCUUCAAUCUGUUGCUAUGUUAUACACAUCUAAUGAGGACGACGCUGAUAUUAAACAUUACAUGACUGAUGCUGCCAAAGUUGGUGAUAUGAUGAAAAUAUUGGUGCCCAUUGUACACGGUUCCCAAGCCGUUCCUGCUGCAGCUACAUUCAUUUUAGGCACUCUUCAAUGUGUGCACAAUAUUUCUCCACAACUAUUUAAAUGCUGCAUGGAAACAUUUGAUUAUGAGCUGGCAAAUGGAGUGUAUAUUGCACUUGGACUUCCUUGUAGCAUGACUCCCAGUCAUUUGACAGAUUCUUUGAAUUCAGUUGUAGAUAAGCCAUUGAUUGAGUUUGAUGAGGUAUCUUUGACACCGCAAAAACUAGUUCGAGAUGCACACGUAAAUACACCGACUUUUCAUUUUUCACAGCAAGAUGUAUGUGCCAAAGAUGUACCACCACUUCCAAUGCCUUGUAGUCAACAUGAAGGCAACGAUUUCAUGGAUCAUCUCGACGCAGAAAACGACAAUGUGUUUGGUGAUUUAAGUCGAAUUGACAGUGUUCUUCACGACACGUCUGUGAUGGAUUCGUGUAUGGAUGAACCCUCUGUACAACUUAGCGAAAGUGCAAAUGUUUUAAACGAAACGAUGCCGUCAGGGUUUGCAGACACUAGCACUAUUGGUCCAUCCUAUCUAUCCAACUCAACCUCGGUCUAUUCGACCAAUGCUAUAGUCAUCCAUGACAAUCAGAGGGAUACUCAAGACAUGUCCAAUACUAGUGCAGAUAUGAGCGAUGACGAAAAUAUAAGCUUUACUCAAGUUUCUGGUCUUGUAUCUGCAAAUGUGCAGACGAGUACGCCUCACACUCCGUCUAGACAAAUUCCAUCUGUUCUAGAUCCAUUCCAGGCUCAGAAUAGUGCUUGUAGUGAAAACUUGAUUGAUCUAUCUUGUUCUGCCAUAUCAGGUUUAGUGGGUGCAGAGUGUGAAUUUCCUGCACCUGUUCUUGGCCAUCUAGAACGCCUGGUUACUGACCAUGACACACCAGUAAAGCUCCAGUUUAAUCGACGCGAUCAGCAAAAUUAUUUGCUUUCUACUGGUACUCCGACACCUAAACGAUUAAAGCAACACGAUGAGCUUGAACAGCAAAUCAACCAUUUACGUGUUGGUACAAUGACAAUUGGUACCACUCGCCGGCUUAUGCGGAUAUCUGAAGCGGAUGCAAAACUACCACAACAGGACAGUCUAAAAUGGGGCCAAUGGCUAGGUCCUUUAAUGCUUGCUAUCAAAGAAAUUGUGUCAUUCCCCCAAACGGACAGUGACAUGCUAGAACAAUGCUUGGUAUUGAUCAAAACGCUUAUAAAAAACCAGUAUGUGUUUUUUGACGGAUUGGAAUACGAAGUUAUAUAUUUGCUUUUAGAUUGUCGUAGUACCGGAACUGCCCAGGUUUCAGGAAGUGCAGAAGCAGCUCUUGAUGUUAUGAUUGAAAAACUUGAUCCAGAUGCUUUGUUUGAAGCGUUUAUUAGUAUUUUACAGAGGUGGGAUCUGCACGAUGAAAACGAUCCAGGAAGACGUGUUCGGCUUUUGCUUGACCAUACCAGUUCAGUCGAAUAUCAGCCUUCACCUGCUGCAUCGUGCCUGAUAUGUUUAAGCCGGUUAAUCAAAUCCAAGUUUGAUAUGCAAGAUCUGAAUCAUACGCAUCGUACAAAUAGUUUGAUGAACUUGGCGUCCAAGAUUGUAUGGUGGUGUUUGGUAUAUUACAAGGCGGUCAAUUCGGACAAUUUGGAAAUCCGAAAAGCUUGUAUCGAUCUUCUUGUCUGUGUUGGAGAUAUCAUUGGCGACCACAUUUGGACUCACGUCACUCCCAUUUUUAGUGAAGCUCAACGCAAAUUGCUUGGCGUGUAUAUCGCCAGAUCAAAGCGUCGAACAGAACAACGUUGA